CCUCUAUGGUGGAGAAAAGCACUGAAAAUUCACUUCCCUGGCCCCAGCAGAACCUGGAGCAGUUUGUUCUAUCCUGGCAACCAAGCCCAGGAUCACGGAGAUGCUGACAGAGAGGUUGUGUUGGUGCUGACCAUAGAAAGGGUGUCAGGGGAUGCUCCACCUUUAAAAUUGGAAGCCCUGUGGGGAAAAUGACAUUGCAUGUUUCUGUGUUACUAAAGGCCAGCACACAAACCACCUUCCUUUUCCUAAGCAAGAACCUUGUCUCAAGCACAGCAAGCAGGAACAUCAGCAGCACCUACAGAGUUUGUUGGAAACACCACCCAGAGCGGGCCAGUGCGGUGUCUGGGAUGGCACUCACAGGGAUGUCCCUCAGCCACAAGAAGGGAAAUCCAGCUGUGAAUUCGGGCUUGCAGCUGGGCCACCCUUGAACUGCGCUUCCCACCUGGAUCGGGGCUGCGAGGGGUGGCUGCCGUGUGCUGCGGCUUUAAGGCACUGCCCGGCAGCCCGGGUUUCUCCAGGCUGGAGCACCAGGCAGCGAUCCUGUGCUCCACAGGGCUCGCAGCACUCGCUGCUCUCUGUUUAAUAACAUUUGGCUGCUGCUGAGGCGCUGCCCGGGCGGCUCCGAGCUCGCCCCUGCCCCAUGGCAGCAGCGCCGCGCUCCCCUGCCCGAGGGGCGGCCAAGCCCUGCAAGAAACCGCGCACGGCCAAGCGGCAGGCGGGGAUCUACAGCUACCAGGAGCCGCCCCACAGCAACUCGGAUGAUGACACUGCUGAAGAGAAGGCUGAGAGCCACGACCCAGAGCAGAUCUUCCAGAACAUCCAGUACCAGAAGGAGAUCAUGUCCAACAUCCGCUGCCGGCCGUGGCCGAUGAGGCAGAAGCUGAGGGCGCUCAGGCAGGCGAAGGAGAUCGUGCUCAAGUACGAAGGGAGGCUCACGAGAACCAGAGGCUACCAGGCUGCUGGGGCAGAGCUCUGGAGGAAGUUUAUUCGACUUGCAUAUAACUUUGUGGUAAUCUUUAUUCCUUGGGAAAUGAGAAUAAAGAAAAUUGAGAGUCAUUUUGGGUCUGGAGUUGCCUCUUACUUCAUCUUCCUGAGAUGGCUGUUUGGAAUCAAUAUUGUCCUUACCAUAAUGACAGGAGCAUUUGUAGUCCUACCAGAGCUCCUGGCCGGGGCCCCGUUCGGCAGCACGGUCAGCAAGACCAUUCCCAAGGAGCACAUUGCCUCUGCUCAGGACCUGGACACCAUCUGGUCACUGGGGGGCUACCUCCAGUACUCUGUUCUGUUUUAUGGCUAUUACGGUCGUGACAGGAAGAUUGGGAAAGCUGGAUACCGGCUGCCUCUUGCCUACUUCCUUGUUGGAAUGGCUGUGUUUGCUUACAGCUUCAUCAUUCUUCUAAAAAAAAUGGCAAAGAACUCAAGAAUGAGUUUAGCAAGUGCCUCUGAUGAAAAUUACACUUUCUGCUGGAGACUGUUCUGUGCUUGGGACUAUUUAAUAGGAAACCCUGAGGCUGCAGAGAGCAAAGCUGCUGCCAUAGUUAACAGCAUCAGGGAAGCUAUCUUGGAAGAGCAGGAAAAGAAGAAAAGCAAAAACUUGGCAGUGACCAUAAGCUUAAGAAUUAUUGCAAACAUCCUGGUGCUUCUCUCCCUUGCGGGAAGUAUUUACAUCAUCUACUUUGUCGUGGAUCGAUCCCAAAGGUUAGAGCGCACCAAAAAGGAAUUGACUCUUUGGGAAAAAAAUGAGGUCAGUGUAGUUGUGUCACUGAUCACAAUGAUUGCACCCUCUGCUUUUGAACUUGUGGCAGCUCUGGAGAUGUAUCAUCCAAGGACCACUCUUCGCUUCCAGCUUGCCAGGGUUCUUGUCCUAUACCUGGGAAACCUCUACAGUUUAAUCAUUGCUCUCCUAGAUAAAGUGGACAGUAUGAGUGUCACUGACUCUGAUGUGAACAACAAUGCAAGUAAUUCUACCACCUCCUUAGCAACCAACACUCUCUCUAAGGAUGACAAUUUGACCAUUCCUAAUGUACAAAUUACAAGAAAUGGCUUUGUCACAUCAGAAGAGCAUCGCACCCAAGGCCUGGCAGUCUCAGACUCACUGGUUAACCAAACAAUUUCCUUUAACACCCAGAACCCACAGGAUCAGUGCUGGGAGACAUAUGUUGGUCAAGAGAUGCUCAAGCUUUCAAUUAUCGACAUGAUUUUCACAGUCGCAAGCAUCCUGCUAAUUGAUUUCUUCCGUGGACUGUGUGUCCGAUAUUUGAGUGAUUGCUGGUGCUGGGAUCUAGAAAGCAAGUUUCCAGAAUAUGGAGAAUUCAAAAUUGCAGAGAACGUAUUGCAUUUGGUCUACAACCAAGGAAUGAUCUGGAUGGGAGCUUUCUUUUCACCUUGCUUACCAGCAUUCAAUGUGCUCAAGUUGAUUGGCCUCAUGUACCUGAGGAGCUGGGCUGUGCUCACGUGCAAUGUACCACAUCAGCAGGUGUUCAGAGCAUCUCGAUCCAAUAAUUUCUACUUGGCCAUGCUGCUGUUUAUGUUGUUCUUGUGCAUGUUACCAACAAUUUUUGCUAUUGCCCGGUAUAAGCCAUCCUUAAGCUGCGGCCCCUUCAGUGGUCAAGAAAAAAUAUAUGAUAUUGUUUCUGAAACGAUUCAAAAUGAUUUUCCCACAUGGUUCAACACAGUGAUUACCUACAUCAGCAGUCCUGUGGUUGUCCUCCCUGCACUACUACUGUUAUUCAUGCUAAUCUACUACCUACAAAGUAUUGCAAGAUCAUUAAAAUUCACCAACAAUCAACUGAGAAUGAAGAUACAAACAGAAAGAACUGAAGAUAAGAAAAAGGUGGUUCAGAUGGCAGUAGCCAGAAUCCAAAAUAUGGAUGUCAAUGACAAAAGACCAGAGCAGGAAACUGAUAUUAUCAGCCAGGAGUCCUCUGUUCGGUCCUCAACACCCCGAAAGAAUGGCAGCGUCUUGAACUUUGAAUCUCCUGUGAGCAAAGGCACCAGAAUACAAACCAUUUCCCAGUCUGUGCCCCAAGCUGUGCCAUCAGCUGAUGUUGUGAGACCUGCCAACGCAACUCCCACAACUCCAACCUCUUUAACACCGGCUCCCUCUGUAUCAAGUGUACAGAAACCAAGAAAUGAUCAUAUCACAAACAGAUACCCAAGCGUUGUUCAUAGGAGUGCGAGUGAGCUGUGCAAAACAAAGCCCUACACACCAGUCACUUUCAAAAAGCACACUGAAGAUGUUCACUCUGACCCUCUCUUCAGAAAAGCCAUUCGCCAGGUAAAUUCGGAUGCCCUUGGGGCAGGGGCUCCUGUAUUUUUGGGCUGUAGACCAUAUGCUACCAGGUAUUUUCUGGUUAAUGAAAACGAGUCCCGCAAAAAAUCGCUCCGUUCUACCUCCCGACUCCAAAGGCAUUUCAGAAAGGAGGAAUCAGGAGACAUUAUUGAGUUGUAUCCACGCCAUGUCAGAAGAUACGUGGUUCGAACACCACACCAGAUGUACUCCCCUCCUCCCAGUGAGGAUGAGGAGGACGAAGAAGAACUUGAGAGAGAAUUCAUUAACAGAUCCCAUCGCCCUCGCUCACUGUCUGACCUUCGCCCAGCACCUCGGUUUUACAUUGGGGAUCGUGCUGAUGGCCACGUUCUAAUGGGCAAAGAUCUAGCCAGAGUGCAUUACAAAUCCUGGGAUGAUGGUUUUGAGCUGGACCUGGACAGGCCUCCAUAUGCUUACAAGAAGGUACAUCUGAACUAUCCUGAGCCACGUGUGAAACCAAAAUCAAAGCAAAAGCUGGAGCAAUCUCCAACAGAGUCUGAUUCCAUUUCCAUUGCAUCCAGCAGUGACCCGCAGAACAGCGGCAAUGACCAGUACAUCCAGGUCAUUCACACCAAGGACAAAUAUCCAAAAGCUGGGGCAAAACUGACCAAAAAGAAAUCUAAAAACAGUGUUGAUCUAAGUAUGUCUGAGCCAAGCGAACUGGUGUGCUCAAAUGUCUGAGAAAGUGCCCCAACAUCCUUGUGUUUUGAGCUGGUGUAUGUGCAGUUCUGCUUUAGUUGAUGUUUGAGGUCUGUCAGAGUAACUGGGACAUAGUUUUUGUAAGCAUCAUGUAUGCAGCCACUCGAGGUGGGAAAAGCCUUGUGUUUUACUCUUUAUUGUACCUUGCUUUGAUAUCACAAUUCUUGUGUUGCAAAUUUUAGAGAAGAAGGUUAUUCCAAUUUAUUCCUUAUGGUGUCAAAACCCAAAAUCUCUGCCUACUGGAAAAUCAAAAGCCAUGUACUUGGGGCACUUCAAUUAAACCAGUACAAAAAUACAUCAGAUGAGGCUCUUUUUAUCUGAUACAGCCAGAACUGAAGAUUCUUCCUGAAUAAAUUCAGCAGAGAAUCAGCCUCCUGCUAACGGAGUUCCUACUAAUAGUAGAUCUUGAUGUGUCUUGUUUGAAUGUGCUGUGGCCCAAACAAAUUAGGAAAAACAGUUAACUAGAGAGAAUAGUGAGUUUAUUUAGUGUAUCACAUGGGCAGGAGAGUUAUUUGACAACGUGAGUCAUUCUAGAUUAAAUCCUAGAUCCUCUAUUAGUUUUCUGGGAACCUCAGACCAGACUGGUAAGAUUCUCAGUGGUCAACUUUCGAUCCGUGGCCUUUGAAAGAGACUCAUUUCAUUACUCGUAGUUCGUAAAUUCCAUUCCGUUUUUCACACACCACUGGAGUUUCGCACUUCCUUUGGAUACUGAAGGUUGGUUGGUCGCUUUUUCGCUUGUUUCUCUCCGUGUCACUGGGACUGGGCUGACACCAGUGACGAGCGCGGGGCGGCCCCAGCUCUGAGGAAGCAGCGCUCCGCCUGCGAUCCCACACACGUUACCACAUCCCCGCCGUGCCAUCCCCGCCGUGCCAUCCCCGCUGCCCGGGCUCUGCCCGUCCCCAGCCCGGCGUUCGCUGCCCCGUGAGGCGUGGCCGGGCCGGGCCGGCGUCACCCUCAGGGUGAGGUGGCGGUGUCCUGGAGACCCUCGUCGGAGUUCGCUGGCAACCUGUGAGUACGGCUCGUUCCCGGGUCCUGCCCGCCGUGCUGCCGCGGCUGCCGGGGCCAGGCAGGGUAGCGCAGCGCGGUUCGGGUUCGUUUCGUGCCCCGCAGGUACAAG